AUUCUAAAGGAUGCAACACUGUACUUUUCACGCGCAACACCUAACCUUGCAACGGUGAUCCCAGCAAUGGAUCACAUCGACAAUAUGCUAAUGUUGUACUCCCGCAACAAAAGAUACAUGCCCUCAAUUCAUUCAGCAGUUCAGCUGGCCAAGAAUACUCUCAACUGGUAUUACGAGCUCACAGAUAAGUCUCUCACAUAUUGA